UAAAAGCUAAAAUGGCGGUUCAAGCUCUCAAUUAGUCUGCGUGAAGUAAUCAAAUUGGAGAAAGAUAUUGAUGGCUGGCUCAGUUAUGUUGCAGAGCCUCUGCUGCAUAAUUCCACACUCUCCAAGAUGUUACAAGAAUCAAACCCUAGCUUUCUCUCACUCUCAAUUCUUCUCUUCUAAUUCAUUUUUAAGGUUAAAGAAGCAGUCUUUGGUCUCAGCUCUUCAAAUUAAUAAGAGGCAGAGGACUCGGAGGUAUCGCUCUGUUCCUGUUGUGUUCGCUGCACAGUCCAAUUUCUUAAAAGUUGUACAGACAGUUUGGAAGGUUGGGAGAGAUGGAAUUGAGGCAGGAACCAAUCUUGUGCCGGAUUCUGUGCCAAGAUCAAUAGCAAGGGUUUCUGUGACAGUAGUUGCAUUGGCUCUUUCACUCUUUGUACUCAAGUCUUUACUGUCUACAGUUUUCUUUGUGCUGGCUACGAUGGGACUUGUAUACUUUACAUUUAUAGCUUUGAAUAAGGAUGAAGGACCAAAGGGGGGUGGAGGCACCACCUCUACACCAAAGGAGGAGGGGAUGGAGGACAGUCUAGAAGAAGCCAGAAGAAUCAUGGAGAAGUAUAAGUAACAUCCUCACUGGUAGGGCUCAUUCACUCAUUUUCAUAUCAUUUGUGGUGAUGCUUAGAAUUCUGAUUAAUGGAAGAAAUAUAUCUGGUGUCUUGAUGCUUAGAAUCUUCAAAUGAAUGUCAAUUCAGUUUUCAGUACCAAUUUCUAUGCUUUGCCGAAUUAAGCUGUUAGGAAAGGUCUAGCUAACCUGACUCUGUGUGAGGCAUCCAUUUCAGAAAGUGGAUCUUAAGUUACUUGUAAUCUUGUAGUGCGCAUGGAGAAUUUACCCAUUGCCUCAUUUGUGGAAGAAUAUGAUCUGCUUGCUUACU